AUGACUGUUUCUGCCUUUCAAAUUAAAUUAUGUAACGAUAUCGCGAGUCUCUUGGAGAAUAGUAAUACGAAUGAUGUAAUAAUUCGUGUUGGUGAAGAAAAAAAAGAAUUUCGUGCACACUCUACUAUUUUGUGCGCCCGCUCACGUUAUUUUCAAAUUGGACUUUCCCCCGAGUGGUCUAAAAAACAAAAUGGCCAAUAUAUAUUUGAAAAACCUAACGUCUCGCCUCUUACUUUUGAAAUCAUUUUAAAUGGUAAAAUUGAAUUGAAUCAACAUGAAGGCCCGGAAAUUUUAAAAUUGCUCGUCGCGGUUGAUGAAUUCCAAUUAGAUGAUUUAUCAGCACAUAUUCAAAAGUAUUUGAUCAAAGAGGAAACCGAAUGGAUACGUAAAGAUCCAAAGCAAGUUCUAGAUAUUGUAUUUAAUCAGCAAGCUUGCACCAGCCUACGUAAUUUCUGCCUCGAAACUAUUGGCGAGGAUCCCAAGUUAAUUUUCGAAUCCAAUGAUUUUCUUUCGUUGGAUGAACCCAUUUUAAAAUUAGAUGUAUUGAAAUGGUCACGACAAGAUUUUGCAGAUGUUGGGACGACACUGCAACAACUUGUUCCAUUGAUUAGAUGGUCUCAAAUAGACUCGCGAGAUUUUCAACAAAAAAUUAUGCCGUACAAAAAAGUUUUGCCCAAACCACUUAUGAAUAGUAUAAUCGAUCAUUACUUAAAUUCAGAUAUCCCGAUACAAUCAACUAUGAAGGCUCGAGUUCUAUGUACAAAAGUUGAUUCUACAAUCAUCAAUUCUAAAAUUGCUGCAAUGGUUACAAGUUGGAUUGAUAAUCAAAGUUCAAAUUAUUAUAACGAAAGACGAAAUCCUUACAAAUUUGAACUUUUAUUUCGUGCAAGCAUAGAUGGAUUUUCUGGUAAUACAUUUCGUCAAAAAUGUAUUAGUAAAGGAGCAACAGUCGUUUUUGCUAAGCUUAAUUCUAACGAAAUGAUAUUUGGAGGGUAUAAUCCAGCCAACUGGACUAACGAUUCGAAUUAUCAUAAUUCUACUACAACUUUCUUAUUCUCAUUUUCAAAUUCUCAAAAUAUUGGAUCAGCACAAAUCGGCCGUAUUAAAAAUAAUAAUUAUAGUUAUGCAACUUAUCAGGGUUCAAGCUGUGGUCCAACUUUUGGAGGUGGGCAUGAUUUUGUCAUCAACGGUAACAAUUGGUCUAGCAAUCCAAAUCAUACUUAUCCUAGUGUUUUUAACAAUAUCCACGGUGGAAUUUUACAAGAUUAUGAAGUUUUUCAGGUCGUAAAAAAAUAA